UAGAGAGAGAGAGAGAGAGAAGCCAAGCAGCGGCAUUCAACAAAUCCGUUCUCAACAUACAACAGUUUGAGAGUCAUUGUAUUGUGCUGUACUGAAAAAUCAUUGCAUACUUUCGAGCAAGAAUUUUGAAUUUCUGAGUGUGCUGUGUGCGUGGUUUGUGCGUGAAUUUCAACAUUGCACUGCGUGCUAAUCAAACAGGAGUGUAGUUUCGUACCAGGGCAAUAUGCAGGACGUGCACAAUACUGCACCGAGAAGCAAGUGGCUACUGCUGCUCUUCUCCAUGCUCCUAAAUGCGGCUGUACAGCCACGCGCAUUUAACGUUAAUGCCAGCGAGGAUAUUGGCAAUGUGUCGCCCUGCGAAAUGGAGUCCAUAAUAAAUCAACUGAUGAAUCCCGGUCCGGAAUAUCAGCUACACGCUUCUGCGUUACGCAAUCAGCUGAAGAAUCUGCUCCGUGAACGUCAGCUGGCAGUGGGCGAGGAGCAGCCGCUGGGCGAUUAUGCUGACUACUUGGAUGAGGACAAGCGUUCGGUGGCCGCCUUGGCCGCUCAGGGAUUACUCACACCUAAACGCAGUCUGGCCACACUGGCCAAGAACGGACAGUUGCCGACCGCGGAGCCUGGCGAUGAUUAUGCGGAUGCCGAUUCGGGUGAACCCAGCGAACAGAAGCGUUACAUUGGCUCCCUGGCCCGUGCUGGUGGCCUGAUGAGUUUUGGCAAACGAAAUGUGGGCACACUGGCACGUGACUUCCAGCUGCCCAAUGGGAAGCGUAAUAUAGCGACUAUGGCUAGAUUGCAAAGUGCCCCAAGCACUCAUCGUGAGCCACCGAAGCGAAAUGUGGCAGCUGUGGCACGUUACAAUUCGCAGCAGCAUCAGAAUCAUCAGCGCAGCAAUGGCGAGAAACGGAAUCUGGGCGCAUUGAAAUCAUCGCCGGUGCACGGCAUGAUGCAACAGAAGCGAGAGGAUGUGGAGAUGGCCCUGCUUCAGCCAGCUGCUGCAGCUUCUGCUGCUGCGCCCGACUAUGCCGAUCCCAUGCAGAGCUACUGGUGGUAUCCCAGCUAUGCCGGCUACGCCGAUCUCGACUGGAAUGACUAUCGACGCGCCGAGAAACGAUAUCUGGACACCUCCAAGGAUCCCGAAUUGUUUGGCAUUGAGCAUGGCAAUGAGGCAACAAAUCUUGCCAAUUUUCCGGACUUGCAAAUGGAGCCGGAGCAGGAGCAGGAACAGGAGCUGGAGAGGGAGCAUGAGAGGGAGCAACCGGAGCAACCGCCAGAGAAGCGUCACAUUGGAGCCGUUUAUCGUUCCGGUUUUCUGCCCAGCUACCGUUAUUUGCGCAGCCCCACAAUGAACGGUGCCGGGGGGCGCUUUAGUCGCUCGGGACGUGCCAGGCAAUUUGUCGAGUACUACCCCCAACACGAGCGACUGCGUCAACCAAUCGCAGCCGUUUGUAAACGUUGUUUCCUACCCAAUCGACCGAUGAUGAACUGGAGCAGUGCUGGCAUACGCGGUAGUCUCUCCAAAUACUAUACGGAUCCCCUAUCUCGAUCCUCCACAGCAGCCACAGCUGCUCGCAUGCGUAGCAGCAGCAGCAGCAUUUUGACAAACUCCCUGCCAAGUGGACACCACAACAACAUUAGCAAUAGCAACCGGAACCGGAUCUAUCCACCAUUUCAUGCUUGGGGCACCCCGCCACGUAUUACAGCACUGCAACGACGCGUCUAUCGACGCAACGGUGAGUCCAUGGACAAUUAUGAAUACUAAAUAACAAUUAUAUAUAACAAAUAAAUAUAUAUCUACA